UGUCGCUCAGUUGUUGCUGUGCGCGCUCCCACGUUCGAGGCUAACGCAGCAGCAACAACAACGGCAGCAACACCAACAAUCGCAACGCAACGCACAAAAGCAUGCUACGGUAAAUUGCAUUUGGCGUCUGUCAAGGACAAAACAAAGCGCUGUUUGUGUGAGUCCGACCACAACAACAAUAGCAACAACAGCAUGUGGUACAAAUAACGGAACUGCAAAGUAUCAACAGCAAAAGAAGCAAGUAGAAAGCCAGAUAGGAAAGCAAAACAAAAGACAGGAACAAAUCGCACACGAGGGCCAAAACGGACACAAAACGGAGGCUGCGACAAGAAGAAAGCGAAGAAUCGAAGAAAAUAAGGGAGAGGCACACACUCCCCGCACCUCCUCCCCUCACCAGCCCCGUAGGACAUUUGGCGCCAGUCCGAGCAGCAACUGCGACAGCGGCGUCGACUGAGGCAGCGUCAGCGGCUGAGAAAGAUGUGGCUCCGUCCCUCUCCCUCGCACACAAACGCGCUGCAGUGUCUCCUGCUCUCCUUGUUCCUCCUUUUGGGGCUGCUGCCAGCGAACGUGUCUGCCAGAUUUUGCGAGGGCUGCACUCAGGGCUGUUGCACCCAGGGCUGCUGUCCGCCGUACCAGGGCGGGCCACGCCCCCUUCCGCCCUCCUCGGACUCGCAUGUUCUCAAUCUGUUCUUCGCCACCCACUGGUUUUUCUGGUGCGUGGUUGUGGCCAUCAUCUUGGCCAUCCUGUGUGCCUACUCACUAUGGAAGAAGCGGCGGACACUAUGCGGCUGGGGAUUCAAUGAGCACCACACCCAAUCCGAGGGCGAUUCCGCCGGCUCCUGCUAUGCACCACCACAAUAUAGUCGCUGCAACUCGUUUCACCAUCCGCCGCCGCCAUAUACGGAGGUGACCUCCAAGCCGGAUCUGUAUCCACUUGUCUUCACCUGCAACAGCGAUUCGGGCAAUGGCAAGGGCAACGGCAGCUCCAGCUACCUGAUGGUGCAGUACUUCCGGAACUACAUCGUCCGUCCGGCUGCCGGGGGAUCCCUGAGUGCGGCCAGCACCGUCGACUCCCUAAGCUCCAGCUUCAUUUGCAAUGCGAAUGAGGCGAAUACCCUGGUGCCACCACCAUACUCACGGGCAGCCAGUCCGGAGUUAGGACUGCAUCAUUAUGUGGCCCAUGCCCAUGCGCAUGCCAAUGCUAAUGUCAAUGCCAAUGCAAAUGCCCAUGGACACGGGAAUGGCCAUCUGAGAUCUGUGGAACAACAGGCGCCAUCGCAUCAGGUGCCAAAUGCUCCGCUGGCAUCUGUGCACUACGCCAUGCCGAGAUCGGCAUCCCAGCUGGUGGAAACGGAUGCCUAUCAGCCGAGACUGAUGCCCGCCCAGACGCAGGCCCAGCAUUAUGCCACCGUGGCACUGGGCAGUGCACCGGGCGGAGCAGCGCUCUACAGCACGCGGCUGCAUGCAUCUCACGAGGAGGGAGUUGGCGUGGGCGUUGGUGUGGGCUACCUUCAGUCCCAGAGUGAUCAGCACUUCCGGUAUAUGGCGAAUAGCAGCAGCAGUCUCAGCGACAUCUUUGUGAACAACAGCUGUGUGGCAGGAAUGCUACCCGAAAGCGGAGGAGCUGGUGGUGCCUUCCAUGGCGCGGAAAGUGGAUCGGCAACACAGGCUGCCUCCCUGAAUAGCCUGGCAAUGGGCGGCUUGGGAGGAUCGGUAACGGGUGCCGCAGGCACAUCGGGAGGAUCUGGCACACCGGUGAUAUACAGCAAUGGCUGCAUCCAACCGAACCCGCUGCAUAGUCUGGAGAACUGCUGCCAGCCAUCGGCUCAGGUGUCCGGCGUGAGUAGUCUGGCCAACAUUGGAACACCGGGCUCGCCGCCUCAGGCCACCAGUCCGACGGGCGAGGUGCGUGAGAUUCUCGACCAGAUCCGCCAGCUGCAGGCGGGCGUUAGCUACGAGCAGCUACUGCUGAACGGAACUGGCGCCAAGCCCCGGCUGCAGCAUACGCUAUCGACGCCCUCGAACUCCCAGCAGGUGUUGCAGCCCAUCCUAACCACAUCCGCAUCCAUUUCGGGCGGCACCAGUGGGCGGAGUAAAAAGUUCUUCACCUCCGGCAGCAAAACGCAACCCAAUAAGGCUCUGUACAUACCCAUGGCCGCCAUCGGAGGUUCCGGAUCGGGCGCACAGCGUUGUGUGCUCAAGAGCCCGGUGAGCAGUGUCGUCAGCGGUGCCAGCUUCUUUGUGAAUCGUGGACGAGUUGCACGCAAGGGUUGGAUCACCCGAUCGGCACCCACAACGCCGGGCAGUGCCCUGCCGCCCAAUCGCCUCGGGGAUGAUAGUCCGCUGCUGCUUAACGAGCACGAUGAGGAUGCCAUUGACGAUGAUGAAGAUGAGGAACAGGAGGUGGUCGAUCGCCAGCGGAAUCAUCAGGAGACCCAGCGGGGUCAUGAGGAUACCGACAGCGAAACAGAGGCGGAGGCCAGGAAUCAUCGUCGCCAGCAUCGCCAUCAUCGUGGUCAUCGUGGCCAUCGGCGCGGACAACUUGAAUAAUAGUGGGCGUGGUCGUUGGAAUCGCCAGUGUCAUUUAGUAGUUGUUGUUGUAGCUCAAGGUUCUCCUUUAGAAAUAAGCUUUUAAACGAAAAUGGAGAAAUGUUUGGGAGCCGGCGGCACGCUUCUUAGUCUGAAGAAUCCUGAAGAAAAGAAACGAUAGUAGAUAAGUUCCGUUUGUAGUAUUAACAAGUUCUGUAAGAUUUCUAUAGUGCGACACACUUAAUAACUGUGGAUGAAAUUUAUCCUUUCUGGUCAUUGGAAUAAUACGAGUAUGCAUCAUUAUCGUGUGUUUUUUUUUUGUACAAGGCAGGGAAAUUUUAUUUAAUUUAUAAGUCUGCUUACAUAAAAACGCAGGUCCUUGAAGAAAUAAUCUUAUUUAGAGGAUAGAAUAUAAUUUUUUAUGAUUUUAAUAGAGUGUAUUGUUUACUAUUUAUUGUUCUGAUUGGAAAUAUGUGUAUUAUUUGAGGUAAUCUAUUAUUUUCGUAAUAAUAUUUGAAAAACGAAAACUUAGGCAGUCGAGUAUAGUAAUUGUAAGAAUUUAAAACUAAGGCUAAAAAUGUUUUGUGAAAUUUUAAACUGAAAGAACGGCAUAGAAGACAGAUCGUUUUGCAUUAUCUCCAAGAGUUUUUAAACAAUAGUUCAAUAAAACUAACCACAAUAUGUUCUUCAAACAGUAUUAUUAACAAACCAUAGCAAAAGUUUAUAAUUGUUUAUGCCCACAAGAUAUCUAAUUUCAAUUGAGGAUUUGAAAUGUCUGUUCGUUGAGCUUCCGUGAAUAGAUAAACAAUUUAAAUAUACAUAUAGCUGUCCUUAGGUUCAAAUAGUCUAGCAAUUGCGAGAUUUAACAUUUAAGUUUUGUAAAAGUUGCGAAGGUUUCAUACCAUUUGAAUUACACACCUACACAUUCCAAUAUUCAAUUGUUUGCCCCAGUGUUUUAGCAAUCAAUUCAAAACGAAACGAAUUUUAUAUUAUUUUCAUUUAAGGUUUGCUUAGGAACUUUGAAAAGAACGAAGAACGAUUGCACAAAAGAUUUAAAUCAAUUUAGGCUAAUGUGGUAAAAAAAAUUGAAACAAAAAAACGCAUAAAAACCAAAAAGAGCAAAAUUAAAAAGAUUGAAGGAAACGAGAUUUUGUCGAGUUUUUGUAAGUAAAGUAGCGAAUAAGGAAUACGUUCACACACAAACAAUGCAAACGGAUCACGUACAGAUAUAGGAUACUUCAGUUCGAGGAGAUACUUUUAAACAGCUUACAGAUAUGCGAUAUGCAAAUAUGCAAAGUGCGCGGGCAUUCGGUUUGGAAAUUAGGUCAGGUGCACUAGAAGGAAAUCUAAAAUUAAUUGUGUAUUCUAAACAUAAAUUUACCAAAUGAGACUAAGGGGUCAAGAUCCGGGGGCUAAACAAAAUAAAAAAAAAAAUGGAAUAGUUUGAAUGCAGCAGUGCCUUUUCAACUAAUUAAACCACAACCAAAAAAAAAAAAGCGCAGAGAUACGCAAAUCGAAAUCACUGAUAAAAUGGAACCAGAAGUUAAAAAGCUAAUGCUCUAAUGCAUCCCCAACCAUACAGAAACAGACAAACCGAUUAAUUAAAACAAUCCAAUGAACACGGCAAUAUUUAUAAAUCUGCUUAAGCGUUAGAUAUAAUGAUACUAUAUGCGAGUAUAUAUGUAUGUAUAUAUACCCAUAAAUGUGUGCGUGACAAUUACUUUAUGUGAAUUUUACAAUUCAUUGAGAUUUAUCCUAGAUGGUUUCGUUGGGUCUCUUCUUUUUUUUUUUUGCUUAUUUCGACACGAUCCAGUUCGAGUAUCUGUGCUUCAUUACAUAUAACUAUAUAAUUAAACAAUUAAUUAAUAAACUAGCAUAGCAAAACUGAUGGCGUUCAAUCUCCAAUAAAUCUUAAAAAAAAAAAAGCAAGUGAAUUGUUUUAAAAGUCGGUUAACGAAAACCAAACAAAUGAAACGAAAACCGAAAGAGAACUAAGAAAUCAAUUUAAGUCAAAUAUACAAAGAUGAGAAAUAAAAACAAUAAAUGAAAAAAUUCAACU